AUGGCAGAAUGUAGAGUCAGCUCUAAUUCUGGCCGAAGAACUAGAUCGUCGGCAUUUGAAGUAGGGGAUGUGGUGGAGAUGAAAGUGACGGCCAGCGUCGAUGGCUUGCGAAAGACAUAUUUCGAGCACUUCGUUAUCAAGGCUCUGCGGCACACACCAGAUGGGUAUUGGGAAUACCAAUUAGGUGUCACGGAAGAUGAAGAUGCUUUCGAAGACGGGACCUGGUAUCCAGAGUCCUCGCUUAAGUUUGAUAUCUAA